AUGGCCACAGAAGAUAUCAACAACACUAGCAGAAGUAAAGAAGACGACAAAGAUGAUGAUCAAGUUGAUCCCUUGAAAGUUAUAAAUGCUUUAUUUAAUGAUUAUGAUUACGACCCUAAAGAUACAGAAUCAUCAACGGACCAUAUUUAUCCUGAAUUGAUGCUUCAAGAAUCUGAACAUGGCAACAAAUAUUAUUCAUGUUUCCAAAGUUAUAACCGACAAUUUAUAAAUGAAACUACAACUACCAAUAGUACCAAUAGCAUUAACCAACAUUCAGAUAUAGUACGAUGGACAGGUUCAACUAUUGAAUUGACUGCUAGUAUUAUACUAGAUAAUUGGUUGAACCAAAGUUCUGGAAAUGGCACUAGAUCUAAUAUUAGUAACACGACGGCUACACUGAAACGACAUAUAUCUCGACCUAAUGCAUUGUUUGUAUGGGCAUCAACAGAUGAAUAUAUUGAAGAACGGAAAAAGGAGUUACGUCGACUACAAAAACUAAAAGAUAUUGAUCAAAUUCAUGCUCAAGAUAAACCACCCCAAAUUCAAAAUGGCAAUAAUAGUAGUAAAUCAGUUGAUGAUAAUAAAAACAAGAAUAACAAUGCCACUGGUAAGAGUAAACAAGAUAUUAUUAAACAAAAUUUAAAGAAAAAGUUAGAGAUUAAAUUUUCUAAUGUUGCCAUUAAUAAUAAAUUGAAUAAAAUUAUUGAAAUUGAAUCAAAUAAAUUUAUUCAUGCAAGAAUUCAAAGAAUUAAAGCUCAUUAUAGUGAACAAAUGGAAAAACAAAUAAGUGAACGGAAAAGAAAAGAUCAUGAAUUAUAUUUGAAAAAAUUGAAAUUAAAAGAAGAAGAAUAUGAACAAGAAUCUUCACUUCGAUCCAAGCAUUCUACAAACAGUGGUGGUACAUUUUUAGGAAAUUUGUUUGGAUUUAAUUCUAACACAGUUGGAGGUGUCAAUAAUUUGGAAACAACAUAUAAUAAUCGAUCGUCAGCAGAAAGUAGUCGCACCAUGGAUUCAACUAAUAAUGCUAGUAUUACCACACCAUCAGUAAUGACUCCAUCCUCAAAACAGAAACGGUUCCCAUUGUUUUCUGUGGCAGGUUUAUUUGGAGGAUCAUCGAAGAAAAAUUCAAGUAAAACGGUUUUAUUUGAAUCUAAUGAAGUAAAUGAAGAAGAAAAAACUGAAACAGCUCUGUCUACUCCACCAAUUGAGAAUGAUAGACUGGUGGAUGAUCCACAAAACGAUACACAACCAAAAGUAGUAAUAAAGCAAGAUCUUGAAUCAAAGCCACUACCACCACAACCAACUGAUACUAGAUCAACUCCAGAUUUUGAUCAAGCCAAUACUAAUAAUCAGCAUUCAUCACAAUCACAAACAACUAUAAACAAUUUCUUUUCUAUAGAUGAAUUAGAACAGCAUAUUAAAAACUCUGCUGAACCAAGUCCUUCAAAAUCAAACAAGUUUAAUGAUUCCAUGAAUGAAGGGAAACCUACUGAGAAAGGUACAACAAACACAAUCGAAGACAACAACUACGAUGAAGAUGAUGAAGAAUUUGAUGAUUUCACUUCAGCACAACCAGUUCAUAACAAUGACAUUACAAUUUUCCAAGAUCCUCCGAAAUUGAAUCGUAAUUUUUUUUCAAUCGAUAAAGCUAAGGGCAGUACUAUUUCAAAAUCUGAUAAUAAUCAAAUAAAUAAUGAUCUACUUGAAAUAUUUAGUCCAACAACAACAUCAGCACCUGUAAGUAAACUGCCUAGUCCUGCAUUGAAUGAACUUAGUUUACUUGAUUUAUAA